AUGGACAACAGCAGCAAUCAUAACCCUCCAAUGGAAGAUUCUUCUUCCAAAAACAAACUUUGUAUAAAAAUCAAGAUGCCCACAACCGCCGCUGCCACCACUGAAGCUCAAGGAGAUGGUGGCAGUGGUGGAGGAGAUGAUUUCCAGCAACUUAAACCUGGGCAACUUGGAUACCGUGUGUGUGAAUUUUGUGGUAAGAAGUUCGACAAUGGUAAGGCUUGGGGUGGCCAUAAAAGACAUCAUCUAAAGAUUUUGAAGAAUAAUAGUAAAAGAAAUCAAGAAGUAAAGACUAAUAUCCAGAAACACAAAAAUGACGGCGGCGUAGUUGAGGACGGUGGCUCUAAGAUUGUUGGGAGGUGUAAUGUGAUUAAAGCUGGUGAUGUAAGAAUGAGUAGCGAUGGGAAACCAACUUGUUGUUUAUGUGGGGAAGUCUUUGAUUCUUAUCAUUCUUUGUUUGGUCAUAUGAGAUUCCAUCCUGAUAGGGACUGGAAAGGAAUUAAUCGUCCUUCCUCUUCUUCCGGUAUUGAUCAGAUCUAUUCAGCCUCCGUGUCCACGGCUAAGGAGAAUUCUGAUAAUAGUAUUGAUUUGUUGAGUUCUUUGUCAGGUUGGAGUAGGAGAGACAAGAGAGGCCGGAGUUGUUUAUCUGAUCUUAUUCCUCAGGCAGCUCAGAGUCUAUUGACAUUGGCACGUGAUAUUACUACACAAGAAUCCGCCGGUCACCAACAGGAGGGUAGUGGGUCUGCAACUAAAUCCUUCAGGAGGGUUCUUGAGUCUGAUAAAAAAUUAGGGUUUGAUUCAAAUCAGAAUUAUGGGUUAUUAGUAAACCAUAAAAACAAGAAAAUGAAACUGGAGAAUGAAGAAGUAGAUGGAAACGAUGGCGUGGUGGCCGAUGAAAUUCCAGAAUCAGAAGCUGAAGAAGAAGAAGAAGAUGAUGAUGAUGACCAAGUAAGAUCUCCAAUGGAAAAUAUUUUUCAAUGUGAUAUUUGUGAGAAAACAUAUCCUACAGGUCAAGCAUUGGGCGGUCAUAAGAGGUCGCAUUGGAAAGCACCAGCAAAAGGUUUACCAAAUGAAGAUGCUAAUCAUUCUUCUGCAAGUAAUUUUGCUUUUAAUACUCCUUCAUCCUGUGGAAAACCAGAAGGUAUUCAAGCUACCCAUGGAAUGUUAAACAUUGAUCUAAAUAAGCCUUAUGUUAUGCAAGAAGAUGGAGAAGAAAGCUUUAGUGAUGAUUGAUUGAUCAUUGAUCUACAAAUUGAU